CGGUUUAUAAUUUCUUUUUUAUUUAUUUAGUAAAAUUAAAAUGAAAUACGUCUUUUUUUAAGUAUUCUAUUCUGUGAUUUUGUGAUAUGUUGAAACCGUAAUGGCAGUACCGUACGAAAUGUUAUUACAUCCUGAAUUAUUAACAAAUGAGCAAUUAAUUCAGAUUAUAGAAGAAAGACAUUUACGAGUUUCAAAUAUGGAAAGUAUACCAAGGCACGAGCUAUUAGAGAUUUUUCAUAAUUAUUGCGUACCUUACGGCCAACGAAAAUAUAGAGACACAGGAAGAGGGAAAUUAUUGAACAAGACGCGCCAAACAAGCCCUGAACCAAAAUCGGCUUUAAACAACAAUAAUCAUUGUAGAAAAUUGUCACAGCCAUGGCCUACUGAAAGACUAAAACCACCACCUGACCAGUUAAGUGGACGAGUAAAAUUGUUGAAAUUAGAUAAUAAAUCUGCAUUUACAAACAACAUUGUUGAUACCUCAAAAAGAAAAUUGUGUAUUGAUUCUGGUUCCACAACAGACUGUACACCACCAAAACGGGAAAGGAAACCAAUCACAUGGCCUUAAAAGAGGGUUCUAUCCUAAUUAUAUUUUAUAGACAUUUGAACAAUUAUGCUUUCAAACAUGUUAUUAUUUAUAAGAUUUUUUUUUGACAAACAACCUAUUAAAAGCUACUGAAUUAUACUAGACAUAUUCACAUACACCUCUAAUAUUUUUAAUUCCAAGUUAUUAAGAAUGGUAUUGUUAAACUAAUUAGGCUAGUACAGAAAGAAUGCCUAAAUAUAACCAGAACCUUAUUGUGGCAUACCUCAAAGCCUCAAGCUCAGAUAUAUCAAAUUUGAAAGCUUAGAAGCAGCAAAAAGUAGCUGGCUCCUAUCUAAGAGGUUUUCAGCAAAUUACUCUAAGAAAUUAAUUAUUUUGAAAAAAAAUAAUAUGUACAUAUUAACAAAGGCUCCCACUGGACACUGCAAACUGAACACGCAUAUGGUCCAACUAGGCUUAUGCCGAAAAAGUAUUUGCAGAUUUUGUCACAAUGAGGAAGAAACGCUGCAGCACUUAAUAUAUGGCUGUAGCCCACUCAUACAUAAACAAUAUAUCUCCUUUGGAAAACAAAGAAUUUCUCCUGAGAAUUAAAAAAAAAAAUGUCCUACAAAAGACAUCUUAAAAUUCCUAUAAUUAAUAGGAAUUAACAGAUUAAAAAAGGACAAGCACAAAAGGUCACAGUGUCACAAGUUUUUCUACAUGAACAAGCCUAUCUUUCAAUAAUAAUAAAUGGGGCAGAAAAGGUAUUUCAACUUAAAAUUUACUAUUGAGUAGAGAUGGGCAAUCCACCUGGGUGGGUUUAAAGUCUGGUGGGUAAAAACCGGGUGUUUUGGGUUUAUUGGGUUUAAACCCCAUAAACACCCAAAUUUUUGGGUGUUUAUGAUUUUGUACUUCAUCAUCGUCAUCUCAGCCGCAAGACGUCCACUAUACUGGACAUAGACAAUAUUAUUAUGCAGCCUACAGAAUAAAAAACUUUUAAUUUGA